ACUAAUAUAAAAGAGCCAUGUCCGCAGAAGUGACAGCAACACAAUUGGAUCGGCUUGGAGAGUGACAGCAGGAAAAAUACAAACAGCAGGAUGUUUCAAAAACUAACACUGAUGACCCUUCUCUGCCUGGCUGUCAGUUGCCUGGCAGCUCCUGCCCCCGAACCAGCUCCAGAGCCCGCUCCUGCUCCGGCUCCUUCGCCCAGCAUCGGCUUGGGCUUGGGCCUGGGACAUGGCUAUGGCUAUGGAGGAAUUGGCUUGGGACUGGGUCUGGGACUCGGUGGCCACUAUGGCGGAUACCACGGCUUGGGCCUGGGCCUGGGCUACCACGCCCCCAUCAUCUCCAAGACCAUCAUUGGCAAGAGCUAUCUGGGCGGCUACGGACUGGGUCACGGCUAUCUGGGAGGCUAUGGACACGGUCUUUACGGACAUGGUCUGGGUCUGGGAUAUGGUCUGGGCUAUGGCUAUGGUCAUGGCUGGUAGAGAAGCAAUGUCAUCCAGAGCCAUAAAAUGGAACUCAAGUGGAGUCAAGGCGAGCGUGCAGCAUGUGAGAGUUUGCAGUGAAGUACAUCAAAAAAAUUACCGAUAGCCUUAAUCAGUCAAUCACUCAGCAAGUCAAUAAAUCAAUAAAACCAAAAAACACUGAACAAAAUUCUGUAGUAGAAAUUAAUAGAAUAAAUAUUAAGAAGCUUAAGCCUUGUAAUCAGUUCAAUAAAAAGUCGUUGUUUUAAA